AUGAAUUAAAACAGGGAGUGUUAACAUCAUGAAAAGGUGAUGGAGUUAUUUUGUGAAACAUGCAAGGACCUAGUCUGUAAUGAUUGCGUUAGUUAUGGUCCACAUCAAACUAAGAAUCAUAAAAUCAUUAGUUUCAAAGAUGCCUACACAAUCAGAUAGGCAUUCAUUAAGGAUAGAAUUGAAACCGCCAUGAAAAAUAAGAAGGAGAAUCUACUCGAUUAAUUAGAGAAGAUAGAAACCAGAAUGAAAUAUAUCACGGAAGUGAAAGCCACCAUUGUCAAAGACAUACACAUGGAAUUCGAGGGAGGUAUCUUAAAGAGAUUGAAUGAUCAAUCUGGUACAUUGACAGCAGUACUCCAGAAGGACAUUGCUUGGUUAUAGAAGCAUUUGAAUUCGAUUGAUGAUUUUAUUCACACUUUUGAAUAUUUAGCUUUGGAUCAGAAUGUGUUACCCUUACUAUUCAUGUCAAAGACCUUAAGUCAAUAAACGAUGAAGUUGCUCAGCAUCAUAAUUAAGAGUAUUGCAAUUCAUUAUCGCUUAGCUGAAAUAACUUCGCAUCCUUCUGAUCUCCCUAGAGAAUUGUUUGAUCUCAGAACCAAAAUCAAAAAUUCAGAAAUACUCCAACAACAAAUUGAAUUCAAAAAGCAAGUCAUUUGGAAAUGUCGAUAAGAGAAGAUCCAAUCCUUAUAGAAAAUUAAGGAAGACUUCUUUGUCAAAAUUGAAGAUGAAAUCUAUGAUUGGGUAAGAUUACUUAAAAAAGUGGUCAAUACUUUGGAUAGUUUGUGUAUGAUAUGUACAUUUUGUGGGUGUUUUAUUGAUGUAGUCAAUGAACAAUGUGCACUCAAUGCUAAACCAUAUGAAGAAGUUUAGUUAGAUUGUAUAUAUAUAUCUUAUUCCAAAUUAAGUUACUGGAUUUACGAAUGAGUUACCUAAAAUGAAAGUUUUUGGAACUUGUCAACAUUUCUUUGGCUAUCCAAGAGAUGAGUAUUUAAUUUUGAGAAAGGAUAAAUAUGCUAACUUUGGAGAUUAUCAGGAAUAACGAAGAGCUGCCAAGGAAGUCUACUUCAAAGUGUUUAGAUCACUCUGUAUAUUAACAUCAAUAUAGUCAAGGGUUCUCCAUCAUAGAUCUAAAAGCCAGGAGAUAUUUGAAAUAACUGGAUUUGUAAGCCAUAUUCAAAAAAUACGAUCCUGAUAACAAAGGCUGGUUGUCCAUAGUCAAAUUCAAAUAUCUGAUGCAUCAAGAAUUGGGUAUGUCAGUGUAGGAAGUCGAAAAAUUAGUCAUAUACUUUAGAGAUGAAAAAGAAGACAAAGUAAUUAUUAACAAUAAGAAGGUCAAUUACGAAUACUUCCUGGGGAUCGAUUGGUAUUUGGAAGAAUUGUAGAGAUUGGAAGAACAAGUAAAGACAGAAUCUGUUAAAUAUGCUAAAUUGUAUAAUAGGAGAGUGAGGGUUAAGACUACCUCUCCUCCCCCAAGGUAGGAAACAAAAUUUGUAGAAAGACCAUAAUAAUAAUAAUAAUCUACUAUUUAUAGCAGUUUUACUCGUUUUUCAUAAGCUGUUGAAAAACAGCCUGUCCCAUAACCUGUUUAAUAUGAGUAGCCUCGAUUUGGAUUUAUAGACAGAGAUAAUUCGCAUGCUCAAUCUGUGAGUAAGCAGUUUCCUCAAAAAAGCAAUAUUGAAUUUUCUGCUGAAUCCAGUUUGAAGAGCAAGCAGAAAUCCUCUUCUUUGUAACCUAAGAGAGUCUAAUUUGAGGAGAAAUAAGGAUAUUAAAGAUUUAAGGAAUCCGCAUAAGUUAGUGGAAAUUAUGCUUCUAAAUAUUAUUGAACAUUGGAC